AUGACUACACAAUAUGAUAAAUCUGAGUAUUAUGGCAAACUCAGUGGUAAAAUAACUACUGAUGACUGGGAUAUCCUUGUGUCAUAUACACGGGAAAAGCUGAACCACCUCCUGGACAAAACCUGGGGCUCGAAGCCACUGCUCCAGAAUGUCAAGUUCACGAGCAAGCCAUAUAUUCCAGGGGUCGAUCUUACGGAGGAUUACACCUUCGCCCUGGCCUCUCCAGUACUGAACUUUGGGUACCUGGAUGGGAACCCAAGGGCAUUUCUAAAAAUGGGGUUUUCUGGAUCUGUAACCAGCACCGUUAAGCCUAACCCGCCAGUAACUACUCCAAUCCCGGCGGAUGUCUAUUUCUUACAAAUAGGCGUCCCCCUUGCAUCUUUCAGCGCUGAGGAAGACAAGUUCUAUCAAGGCAAGGACGUGGUGGAAUUCAAACCUAGCCAGGAAGCCGAGCACCAUAUAGUCUUUCAUUUCCACAACGAAGAUGCCACGACCUGGGAUUUCACUGCCGACACAUCUAAACCUCAUCCGCUACUGGAAAACCUUCUAAAGGCUAAAGGGGAUAUCGCUACUUGGUUCGGCUCCCAGUCACACGUAGCAUGGGUCGACUACGCUGUCAAUAAAAUAUCCAGCAAAAAGGAUCCCACUUCCGUCCUCCUCCGCCCAAAGUCGUAUAAAUUUGUAAUCGCAGAAGAGACCCUAUGCGUGUUUAUCCAGACCGAAGGCAGCGGGAAUCCGCAAGGGAACACCCAAGAUACCCGGUUCGGCCGGAAGUACGACCACUUCGACUUCAGUCCAAUCCCGAAGGAAUACACAGGUACCAUUAUCGUCUCAAGAGAUGUGUUUUUUCGAAAAUUUAUAUGGAAGCAGAUCGAAAGUGUUCUCCCCGGUGGUGUGAUCGAAAAGACCGCAGAAGCCGGCGCAAAGCUGGAAUUGCGUCCUACGGGUCUUUUGAACUCUGGAGGAAGUGCUUGGAUUGGCCAGUGGUUUUGUACCCUUGAAUCCAGCAAGAUCGAUUGUACCGAUCAUCCUCUUAUCAUUGAAUUUUUCGAUGAAUCUCCGUUUGACAAGCCGAAAUAUAAAUGGUCAUGGACAUUCUCGGGCAAGUUUCCCUUUAUCGAGAACGAUAAAACCAUACACAUCACUUUAUCAUGCGAAAUCCCAACGAAAACCAAAACCCUUGCAACUGUUGAGGGUGACACGAUGAAGUUCACCCUUGCGUUUGAAUCUGCGGAUCAACCUCCUACCAAGUCCGAUAUAGACAUCAGUCCAAUAAAGGCAGAAAUUAACUUGCCAACGUUCACCGUCGACUUGCCUGAAUUAAACUUCUUCUCAACCCAAAAUAUAUUUGCUCCGGGGGAGAGGUUUAUCCAAGUCUCCGAUCUUAUGUUUCCCUCUGAUCUGGUUCUCUGCGGCAAUAUGCCCAGCUGA